AUGGAUCCAUCCGAUACAAGGCCAAACCUGUCAACUCACAGGUCAUCGAGCAGUAGACUACGUUCUCAUUCAGAUUCAUCAGGUUCAGAAGACCAAAACGGUAGUCGAUAUGGUGCUGUCGAGCCAUCGUCACCUACGCGUCGGAGACCAUCCGUCAAACGACGUUCAACUUUACGUCGUAACCAACAGCGUCGACGCCCCUCACAUGCAAGCUAUCGUGGAAUGGAUGAUGCUGAAGCACAAGACGACACAUCACUUGCUGAAGAGGACGAUGACGAUGAUCGUCCUCAUCACGACCAUGUAUCAUUUGCUAGUGCCGAACAUGAAAUCACACUCAAAGAUAAGCAAGAGGCCAUGAAUCGAGAGCAUCCUUUUGGUAUGCCUAUCUGGAAACCGGCAUUGUAUCGUAAAUCCCGCUCGGUUGUACGAAAGGCAAACCUAGCACUUCAUUCAUACCCUUCGUCAUCUCCACGAUUGUAUUUGCACCCUGGCAAUAUCCUUUGGACACUUGUAUUUGGUUGGUGGCUAGCAUUAGUAAUGGGCGUUAUUGCAUUGCUGGUAUGGAUCAUACCACCCGAUGGACGCAAAUACAGUGCUGUCACUGGAGGUUUGGCCAUGUAUUUGCUUUGGCCAUUUGGUCGUUACGUGGAGCGCAUUGUCCCUGAAGAAGACGCUGAAGCCGAACCACUUAUUUCAACUACAGCAGCUCAUUAUCGCAAACAGACAUGGAAGGAGUUACUCGUCCACGUAGCCAAAAGUGGUCUUAGUGGAUGGGUUUACUAUCUUUUUUACCUUACAAUCAUUGGUCCUUUGCUCUUUAUUGUAUCGACCAUUUGUUGGAUGUGUGUUAUCACAAUCCCCAUGUCCAAGCUCAACUACAAACUCUUACGCCAUCUCGGUCGACAUCCACUCAGCAUUCGUUUCCAUGCAAGUCCAAGUGCUGCCUCUUCACGCACACAGCCUACAGUGAUCUUGCUUUGUACAUACCAAGCAAUCGGCUUCCAAUACUACAAGUAUACUUACGAAGGAAUCAACAUUAUCUUUAUCAAUCUGCUCUCGCUCGUAUUCUUUGUCAUUUUCGAUGAAUACGUUAUCCGUCAUCAUUGGCCCGAUGCCUGGAUCGCAUCUCCAUUAGCCGUAUUUUCACUUUCACUCGGAUCGGUCAUUCCCCUUUCAUACUUUAUUGGUAUGGCUGUGAGCAGUGUUUCGGCACAAACAUCAAUGGCUGUUGGCUCGGUGAUCAAUGCUACUUUUGGCAGUAUCAUUGAAAUCAUCUUGUAUGGCAUUGCACUUAUGGGUGGUAAGAGCGCGUUGGUGGAAGGAUCCUUGAUUGGAAGUAUUCUCGUGGGUGUGUUGCUAUUACCUGGCUUGGCUAUGAUCGCUGGUGGAUUCAAGCGCAAGGAACAACGGUUCAAUGCCAAGAGUGCAGGUGUCACAUCAACUAUGCUCAUCAUGGCCAUUAUUGGCGCAUUGUCGCCCACUCUUUUUUAUCAAAUGUUUGGCACGUUUGAGCUUCGAUGUAAUGCUUGUCCUGGAGACGUUGUCGAUGACUCAUGCUCCCAAUGUCAUUAUGAGCAAAUGGAUCCUGCCGCUGAUCCCGUGUAUCAAAAUAAGGUCAAGCCUUUUAUGUGGAUUUGUGCUGCCAUCUUGCCCUCGGCCUACUUUAUUGGUCUCAUCUUUAGUUUGCAUACGCAUGUAGACAUGGUGUGGAAGAGCUCAUCGCAAGAAAACUCGGCUUCACGUCAACAGCAACAACAGCAGCAACAAUCGUUCCUUGCAUACUACCAACGACUGCUUCAAAAUUACAUCACCUCACAACCUCCACCACCAGCAAACAAUGAGCACCAAAACGAACAUCACAAUGCCGCUGAUCCAGCAUACAAGCGCCACGCACGUAGUGAUCCCAGCAUGGUUACCACAGCAGAACAUCCUCCGCAGAAUGGCAACAGUGAUCCCAACAAUGGCAACGUUGGUACACUACCACCACCCCUUCCCAACUUUAUACAAGCAGGCGAUGAUGAAGAUGAGGAAGAAGAGGAAGCAGCUGGUCACGAUGCACCUGAAUGGGGCACAGCCAAGAGUUUCACAGUGCUUUUUGCAUGUACGCUCUUGUACUCUAUCAUUGCUGAAAUUUUGGUGGAUACUGUCGAUGUUAUUAUGGCUGACAUGGCCAUUGAUGAGAAGUUCCUUGGUCUCACGCUCUUUGCUUUGGUACCCAACAUUACCGAGUUCACGAACGCUAUUGGUUUUGCUCUCCACAAUAAUAUUGUAUUAAGUAUGGAAAUUGGAUCGGCUUAUGCACUUCAAGUAUGCUUGUUGCAGAUUCCUGCCAUGGUGCUAUUCUCGUGGUGGUUCAAUCAUGGCAGCAAAGAGGAAUUGGCCAAAUUCACGUUCACGCUUAUCUUCCCUCACUGGGAUGUAGUGGCUGUCAUCAUGGCCGUCUUCUUGUUGACUUACACAUACCAAGAGGGAAAGUCCAAUUACUUUAAGGGUUCCAUCCUCACCUUCAGCUACCUUGUACUUAUAGCUGGUUUCUUUUUCGUUCCAUCUGCAAGCAACCGUACCGUUGAACAUGACGAUGGGCUUAUGAGCAAGUUCAAUCCAUUGAGCCUCUUGACCCGAUCCACAUAG